AUGAACAAGGACGCGGUCCACGUGCUAGAGCGAACGCGGGAUGGCGGCGUCGGCGUCGCCAAGACGAUACGCGUUGUCGGCGAGGGUCAACGCCCGAAGAUGGGCGACAGGCUUCGCGUCAAGUUUAUGGCCAUGCUCGACGACGGCAAGGUCGUCGCCAGCUCGCCCGGCGACUCGACCGAGGUGACGCUUGGGAUGCGCGAGCUGUACGGGACAGGUGGCGAUCUCGGCCUUGUCUCGAUGAGGGUGGGCGAGCGCGCCCUCAUCUCUUGCCACAGCGAUUUUGCCGCGGGGCACGAGGGCGCGGCCGGCGUGCCGCCCGACGCGCGGCUCACACUCGAGGUGUCCCUGCUCGGCAUCGUCAGCGAGGAGAGGCUGCUCGGCCGAGAGGUGUGCCGCACGCUCUUUGGCGUUGUCGCGCUCGCCACCUUCGCCCUCGGCGCCUUCUGGCUCGAGGGCCACUUUCACCUCGAGAGGUACGCGCGCUGA